CACAGGAACUUCAUACCACUUCCAACCGCAUAGUCCAUAUUCCACUUCGACGGUCCAUAAGUUGCGACAACAAACAACCUCACUCAUCUCGGUCUCCAUCCAACAUUCAGAUAUAUCCCAUCAACCUCUCGAUUCGAGUUACCCUCUCUCAAAGCCAUCUUCGCACAUUUUUGAUCGCACAAUGGGUGGAGGUAACGGUGCCAAGGCUGCUCAAAAACGUGAGCGUAAUGCGAAGGCCUCAGGCGCCACGGCCAAGUCUCAGCUCAAAGUGAAUGAAGCCGCCAAAAACAUCCAAUGCAAGGUCUGCUUCCAAACGUUUUUGAUAACAAGUCGAGAACCUGCUCUGAAAGAGCACGCGGAGAACCGGCAUAGUAAAGCUUUACUUGAUUGCUUUCCUAUGUGGAAACCUUAGCUUCCGAUGUCCUUUACACUCGCCUUUGCUUUAGCAGGGUCUCCGCUUAUAAAUGGAUUCCCUCAACUUGUGUUUGACUAGUCACAAGUAGGAAUGUUGAUAAGACUUUGCAUUGCUUUUUUUCCUCCUUCUCACAAUUGCCAGUCGUUUUUUUUUCUCAUUCACGGCUUCGAGUGGCUCUUGUUUGUUGUUAUUUUUCUGUCUUGUUCAGUAGCGAAGUUGCUUCGCACUGCCAGAUAUUUUUGUACCCGCGAACAAACACGAUCCGGAAAAGAGGGCCAGCACGACGAUAAGAGUCAUUUCUAACUUGAGUUUACACAUGUCUAAUCCCUGUCUGAUGUCACAGUGCAAGGUUGGAAAUACUGGCUUGUUUAUAAAAUCGCAUUUUUGUAGGCUUGGGUGCUGUGCACUGCCUUUUGGGUGAAUUUAAAAAUGAAGUUCAUACAAUCGUGUAUACAUCAAGCAAUCAUGAACUUGGAGCACAAAUGCUUAUUUCUAAAAUAUGAUUACUGGUAAAUUGGAUGCUUAUGUCUUUCUGUGAUUGAUGAAGAUAAA